AUGCAGACAUGGGGGGGAGGCGCGGAGGGACGCCGGGCCUUCGACAGCAUCUGCCCCAACAGGAUGUUGGAACUGCCGAGUCGGCCCCUUGGCAAGCCAGGGAAAUCCGAGGGGAAGUUCAUCCCUCCCCGGAAAUUCUUUUCGGGAUGCAGCGAUGGCAGCCCGGUGUCGGUGUACGAGGAUCCCCCAGACUCAGAGUCCGCUGCGCUGCCAGCCCUCACCACCAUAGACCUGCAGGACCUCGCCGACUGCACCUCGCUACUCGGGUCCGACGCGCCGCCUAGUGGUGACCCGGCAGCCUCUCAGAACCAUUCCCUGCAAACGGAGGCGGACUUCGAUCUGCAGAAUUUCAAGGAUACGGUGGAUGAACUCAUCGCAGACUCGUCCUCUUUGAUGUUGCCUUCCUUGGCCGGCGGUGACUUCCCUUUUUCCCCUUGCGACGUGUUGCCAUUCGGACCCUGCCUCACCCGGUCUCUGGACCCAUCCGCCCUGCAGUCGCCGCCUCUACGCGCUCCAGAAGUGCCGCCGCCCGAGCAGUACUGGAAGGAGGUGGCCGACCAGAAUCAGAGGGCGUUAGGGGACGCUCUCGUUGAGAAUAACCAACUGCACGUGACGCUGACCCAGAAACAAGAGGAGAUCGCCUCGCUCAAGGAGCGGAACGUGCAGCUGAAAGAACUCGCCAGCAGGACCCGGCACCUGGCCUCGGUGCUGGAUAAGCUGAUGAUCACGCAGUCCCGAGACUGUGGGGCAGCGGCCGAGCCCUUCCUGCUCAAGGCGACAGCCAAAAGGAGCCUGGAAGAACUGUUCAGUGCUGCGGGUCAGGAUUGCGCGGAAGUGGACGCCAUCCUCAGAGAGAUAUCCCAGCGCUGCGAUGAAGCCCUGCAGAGCCGCGAUUCCAAGAGGCCCCGGCUGCAACCCGCGCGGGUGGACACUGACCGCAGGCCGGGGAACCUGCACGGCGCCUUCCGAGAUCUGCGCACCGACUGCAGCCAGAGCGCCUUGAACCUGAGCCACAGUGAGCUGGAGGAGGGCGGGUCUUUCAGCACCCCCAUCCGCAGCCACAGCACCAUCCGCACCCUUGCCUUCCCCCAGGGCAAUGCCUUCACCAUCAGGACGGCCAAUGGGGGCUACAAAUUCCGCUGGGUCCCUAGUUGA